AUGUCCAAUGAGCCCCGUAGCAACCUGCUCAGCCCAUCCCAGGUGGUUGUGGAGGUGGUGCCCAGGCUCCUCCUGGCCCUGUGGAUUCAGCCAAAGGAAGGCCAUUCAGGGCACCCAAUCCUAAUAAGCGGGAUGGCCGUGGGCAUGGUGGCGGCCGUAGUUGAGAAGCUCUCCAGCAUGUUAAAGGCCCCUUCCCCUCAAAUACCUUUCUCCCGCGCUGCGGCUUUUGAAUCUGUGUGGUCAAUCCUCGGGAGAAUCAGUCAGUCCUUCUCCACGGAUGACCUCCAGAGCCCAUUUUAUGUGAGAUCUGUCUGUGCCUUUGUGGCUGACGAGGUACAGAGCUGCUUCCAGCCCCCUGCAGCCACCUUACAAGUCCUCCCUGUCGUCGCUGCGGCCGUCUCCACCGCACCUCCAGACAUCCGAGCAGGAUUGUUGUUGUCACUCCCGGCUUCUUCCCACCUUGAGGUUGUGGACAUCACCCAUAACACACAGGCAGACACGGCAUCUUCCCACCUGGAGGUUGUGGACAUCAACGCUAACACAGAGGCAGACCAGGCGUCUUCCCACCUGGAGGUUGUGGACAUCACCGCUAACACACAGGCAGACACGGCAUCUUCCCACCUGGAGGUUGUGGACAUAACACAUAAGGCAGAGGCAGACCCGGCCUGUUCCCAUCUGGAAGUUGCGGACAUCGGCCCUAAAACAGAGGCAGACAGAGCUUGUUCCCACUUGGAGGUUGUGGAAAUCACCCCAAAGACAGAGGUAGACCCGGCUAAUUCACACCUGGAGUUUCAGGACAUCACCCCUGAGACACAGCAAGAUCCAGCUUCUUCCCACUUUGCUGUGAACAUCACCCGUAACAAAGAGGCAGAUCUGGUUUCUUUCCACCUGAAUGUUGUGGACAUCACCCCUAAUAGAGAGGCAGAGCCCAUCUCUUCCCUCUUGGAGGUUGUGGAUGUCACACCUGAAGAAAGGACUCUCAAGAUGGCCGCCUUUGCCACUCAGCCAACUGACAUCCAAGCAGAGGAUGUUGCUGUGGUCAUCCCAGAUGUCACCCCACACGUCACCAAGGAUGUGACACUGGAUGUUCCAUGCAGAGCUGCAUGCAAAGGGAAAGUCCGGCGAUUCUUUUUCAGGCUUUGGAGGGCAGUGUGCUGCUGCGCCUGCCACAAGGAAGAGGAGGAACAAUAUUAGUUAUUCAUCAGACCUUCAGAAAUGGGAUUGAACCAUAGACCAUUAAAUUAUUUGCAUCAUAAUAAUUGGAUUCAAUUCUGCUUUUCCUGUUUACUACUUAAUUUCAGAACAUUUCUAUAAACUUUCACUUUGCAAGUGUGGAGUAGGUUGUGUAAAUAAGUGGGAA